AUGAGCGAAUCUUGGCGAGACCGUAAAUUUCCUAAUACUUUAGUUCUGUUCGAUGUUGAUGGGACGUUGACACCAGCUCGUCGGAUCGCUAAACCUGAAAUGUUAGAAGUCCUUAAGGACCUAAGAAAACAUGUCGUGAUUGGGUUUGUUGGAGGUUCUGACCUCAAAAAGCAAAAGGAACAACUUGGAGAUUAUGUUAUAGAAAAUUUCGAUUUUGCUUUCUCUGAAAAUGGACUCACUGCCUUUCGGCUCGGGCAACAGCUCGAGUCCCAGAGUUUCAUAAAAUGGAUUGGUGAAGAAAAAUACGCUAAACUAGCGAAUUUUAUACUGAGAUAUAUCGCAAAUCUUGAAAUCCCCAAAAAACGUGGCACGUUUAUCGAAUUUCGAGCUGGAAUGAUAAAUGUAUCACCAAUUGGAAGAAAUUGCAGCGUCCAGGAAAGAGAUGAAUUUGAGGAAUACGAUAAAAUACAUAAAAUUCGUUCACAGUUUGUUGAAGCUUUGAAAAAGGAAUUUCCCGAUUACGGCUUAACAUUUUCGAUUG